GUCAGUUCGCACAGUGACGGACUGAAGCGGUCCACAGACUUCAGUUUAUACACGUUAAUGUUGAAAAAGUCAUUGUGUUUAAAGACGCGGAGCCGCGGCCAGCAGGUCAUGCAGCGCUCCAAAAGGUAAUGAGCCGUAAAGCCCCGGGGUUUCGGCUCAGCGGCGCCCACAAACUGCGGCCACACUGGAACGACUGGCAGCCCAGAGUUGACGGUGCUUCGUCCAGCCAGGACGACUUCAAGUCCCGAGAGGUUGGUUCAGGACCGUCGUUGGACGCACUGCCAUCCAGCUGCCCUGAACAGCCGGCGGUGCCCAGUGAUGUCUACACUGCUGCAGAUGCACAUCCGGAAGAGGGUGGAUAUGAAGCUGGUCACGGUGUCUGUGAUACUACGUUUGGUUGGAAGUCGCUGGGGCAAGAGUUGAGGCCCAAUGAUGUGACAGCGGAUUUGACACCUUUUCAGCAUGGAAACCGUGCUUUAGCUUCUAAGGACAUGAGGAAAUCGCAGGACAGAGGCAUGGCUCACUCAGAGGAGUCUCGACUGGCCAACCUCCUGCGCCGAGUCUCCAGGGAGGACGAUCGCGACCGGAGGCUGGCCACCCUCAAACAGCUGAAGGAGUUCAUCAGCCACAGCGAGAGCAAAGUGACCCUGGUCAAACAGCUGGACGCCAUCCUGAGCACCCUGAACGACAUCCUGAACGAGAGCAGCAAGCUGCUGUGGGAAUUGCGUCAGGACGCGGCGGCCUGCCUCGGCCUCCUGUGCACGGUGCUGAGCUACGAGGCCGAGCGCAUCUUCAAGUGGCUCUUCGUCAAGUUCAACUCGAGCAGCCGCGACGAGGUGAAGCUGCUGUACCUGGUGGCGGCUCAGCGAGCUCUGGAGGCUGCAGGGGAGAGGAAGGCCUUCUCCCACAUCAUGCAGCUGGUGAUGAGCAACCUGCAGUCCAUCCUGGAGAACGUGGACACGCCGGAGCUGCUGUGUCAGAGUGUGAAGUGCAUCCUCCAGGUGGCUCGCUGCUAUCCUCACGUCUUCAGCACCAACUUCAGGGACACCGUGGACAUCUUGGUGGGCUGGCACAUCGACCACACGCAGAAGCACACGCUGACUCAGCAAGUCUCAGGUUGGCUACAGAGCCUGGAGCAGUUCUGGGUGGCAGACCUGACCUUCUCCACCACCCUGCUGGGGCAGUUCUUGGAGGAUAUGGAGGCGUACGCAGAGGAUCUGAGCCACGUGGUGUCCGGUGAGACGCUGGAUGAAGACAUCCCUCCUCCCUCGGUGUCGCUGCCCAAGCUGGCGGCCCUCCUGCGGGUGUUCAGCACGGUGGUGCGCAGCAUCGGCGAGCGCUUCAGCCCCUUCAGGGGGCCGCCCAUCACCGAGGCCUACGUCACUGAUGUUCUGAACCGGGUCCUGGCCUGCGUGACGGCGGCGAAGCAGGUCCAGUUCUCCGAGGCCGUGCUGACGGCCGGGAACGAGUGCGUGGGCGUGCUGCUGGCCAGCGUGGAGCCGUGCGGCCAGCUGAUGGAGGCCGUGCUGGCCUACGGCCUGGACCAGCUGCUCUGCUGCCAGGCCUGCGGCUCGGACUACAACCUGGCCGUGCUCAGUCUGCUCACUCUGAUCGUGGACCAGAUCAACACCAAGCUGCCGGCGUCCUUUGUGGAGAAACUGUUGGCUCCGGACUCUCACCUGCUGAGGUUACGCUUCCAUCAGGACAAAGAGGUGGUCUCGGCGGUCCACGGCGUGUACCAGGCCCUGCUGAGCCUGAAGAACAUCCCCACGCUGGAGGCGGCCUACAAGCUGGUCCUGGGCGAGAUGGCGUGCGCGCUGUCCAACCUGAGCCACAGCCUGGCGCCCGCCGGGCAGCCCCCACCCGCCGCCUGCCCCUGCCCCAACAUCCAGCACCCCGCCUUCGCCUCGCUGCCCCUCCCCCUGGACCGGGCCCAGUUCACCCUCAUCUUCAACCUGAGCACGCUCACCACCAUCGGGAACACCAAGAACUCUCUGAUCGGGAUGUGGGCGCUGUCCCCCACCGUCUUCGCUCUGCUCAGCCACAACCUGAUGCUGGUCCACGCCGAGCUGGCCGUCUACUACCCUGCUGUCCAGUACGCCGUGCUCUACUCGCUGUACUCCCACUGCACCAGACACGACCACUUCAUCUCGUCCAGCCUGUCCUCCUCGUCCCCGUCCCUGUUCGACGGCGCCGUCAUCAGCACGGUUACCACGGCGACCAAGAAGCAUUUCAGCACGCUGCUGAGCCUGGUGGGAGGCCUGCUGAGCAGGGAGCACCUCUACCCCGAGGCCAGGAAGCUGCUGCUGACCUGGGCGCAGGAGAUCUCGCUGCUGAUGAAGAAGUCGGACACCUACAGCCCCCUCUUCUCCCUGCCCUCCUUCAGCAAGUUCUGCAGAGGCCUGCUGGCCAACGCGCUGAAUGAGGACCACAGCGUGUGUCUGCAGACGUGCCACAGCCUGCAGGUCCUGUCCCCGUCCCUGUCCACCGAGCUGCUGCAGAGGUGUGUGGACGUGUGCAGGGUCCAGCUGGUCCACUCGGCGGUGCGCGUGAGGCAAGCCUACGCCAAGCUGCUGCGGACCAUCCCGCUGGACGUGGCCCUCAGUAACCACAGCCAGCCCGAGAUGAGGCAGAUCUCUCUGGCCAUCCGUCACCACAUGAGCCGCUCCCCCAGCAGCACCUUCCACCCCCAGGACUUCAGCGACCUGAUCAGCUUCAUCCUGUACGGCGUGCUGCACCGCGGAGGGAAGGAUCCCUGGCUGGAGCGUCUGUACCACAGCUGCCAGCGGCUGGACAAGAGAGACGGCGGCUCCCGGGCGGCCGACGGCAGCGGCGCCGGCUCCCGGCCCGACCCGGUGUCCCGCGCCCUGCUGAAGACCGAGGUGGUGCUGUGGCAGUGGGCGGUGUGGGAGGCGGCGCAGUUCACCGUGCUGUCCAAGCUGCGCACGCCGCUGGGCCGGGCCCAGGACACCUUCCAGACCAUCGAAGGGAUGAUCCGCAGCCUGGCCGCACACAGCCUGAACCCGGAGCAGGACCUGGGGGCCUGGGCCGGCUCGGGCGGCGACGGGGACGGACACCACUCCAACCAGCUGCGCCUGGCGCUGCUGCUGCAGUACCUGGAGAACCUGGAGAAGCUCAUGUACAACGCGUACGAGGGCUGCGCCAACGCCCUCACCUCCCCGCCCAAGGGAAUCCGAACCUUUUUCUACACGAACCGGCAGACCUGCCAGGACUGGCUGACCCGGAUCCGCCUGGCCCUGAUGAGGGUGGGCCUGCUGUCCGGACAGCCGGCCGUGACCGUCCGCCACGGCUUCGACCUGCUCACCGAGAUGAAGAACAGCGGCGCCCAGGGUCCGGAGCUGGAGGUCCCCCUGGCCCUGCUGGUGGAGGCCCUGUGGGAGCUGCGCUGUCCCGAGGCCAUCCAGGGCCUGGCGGCCUGGAGCCUGGCCGCCUCGGGGAAGAGUCUGGGCUGGCUGUCCUCCGUGGCUCUGCAGGCUGAGGGGCGGUUUGAGAAAGCAGCGGUGGAGUACCAGGAUCAGCUGUCUGCCGUCACGGGGAUGGACUGCAGCAUCAAAUGCCCCGAGAGCUGCCUGCUCAAACUCUCCAGCAGCAGCGGCAGCCCCAAGCACACCAGCAACGGCGACAGCAGGAAGACGGUGCUGCUCAAAUCCAGCGAGUGCUCUCCUGAAGUCAUCAACUUCCUGGCCAACAAGGCCUGCCAGUGCUACGUGGCGCUGUGCGACUGGGCCUCGGCCAAGGAGUGGCAGAGCACCGUCAACACGCUGAAGCAGAGCGCCGGCGGCCCGGUCAGCGUCAACCUGCGCACCGACUUCAACUACGUCCAGGCCCUGAGCCGCUUCGAGGACGGGGACCUGGCGGAGUGCGGGGCGCAGCUGGAGCUGCUGCCCGGGGAGGACUACAGCUUCCUGAGCACCUCCAAGGACAAGCUGGACCUGAAGAGGCUGCUGCCCUCCAUGAGUCCAGAUCCCACCGAGCUGCAGAGAGCCAUCGAGGUGCAGCUGCUGCGCAGCGCCGUCGGCGCCAUGGCCAAAGCCAAUCAGCCGCAGGAUCAGAAAGCCCCGCCCACCCCAGAUACCUUGAUUCGCUGCCUGAAGCAAACCGGCCGGAUCUGCCUGGGUCCUCUUCGUCUGUCCACCCUCACCCUGUCGGACGGCCUGCCCACCCUGCCCACGCUGCAGCUGCACUGCACCGCCACGCUGGAGAACACUCUGAGCGGACAGGAGGACUGUGUGAUUCCUCUGUGCAGCGACGCUCUGAGCUCCUGUAAGCAGCAGGACGUGCAGCUUUUCCUCCAGGCGCUGAGAUACACCAUGUUCCAGAGGGAGCUGCUGCACAAGCUCAGAGGCUAUCCGUCCUCCGUCGACGGCCACCUGCUGGAGCUCUGCCUGACGGCCGUCAAGUUCGCCCGCAAGAAGGGGAACAUCUCGCUGGCGUCGCGCCUGCUGAGCCAGUGCGGCGAGCCGGACGAGCAGCCGUCGGACGAGCUGAGCCGGGCCUUCAGGCGCCUCAGCCUGGACGGCACCCUGGGGGAGAGGUGGGGGGCCGAGGUCCAGAUCGAGAAGGCCAAAGUCCUGAGGAGCGCAGGCCAGUCCCUGACUGCCAUGGAGAUGCUGAGCGGAGCCGCCCUGUCUUACUGCCACGUGGGGAAGAACGAAGGCGCCGCCUGCCGCUCGCUGCUCACGCUGUGCAAGUGGCUGCUGGCCGACUGGAAGGACAUGACGCCGCAGCUCAAGCAGGUGGUGAAGAAGUCUGGGGUGUUGAAUUCGUCGUCCGCGGCGCCGGGCAUCACGUCGCCCCUGAGCAGGAAUAUCGCCGCCCUGCUGGAGCUCCCCCUGGAGGACCAGGGCAUCCCCCACAUCACUGCAGAGACCUCAGUGAGCGUGGGCGUCGGCGAGCCGGACUUCGUCCUGGGGCAGCUCUACCAGCUCUCCACCAGCCUGGCUCCGGAGGUGGCCAAGUCCUGGGCGGCGCUGGCCAGCUGGGCGUACCGCUGGGGCCGCAAAGUGGUGGACAACGCCAGCCAAGGCGAAGGACUGCCUCUUCUCCCCGGAGAGAAGAAGGAGAUCGAGGACCUGCUGCCCGCCACCACCAGCCAAGAGGACAAGGACGCCAUCUUCAGCAUCCUGGGACAGGCCAUGUGUCGGCCCACCGGCAUCCAGGACGAGGACAUGGCUCUGCAGCAGGAGGACGACGAGGACGACAUGGUGGACGUGAUCUGGCGCCAGCUGACCGCCUCCUGCCCCUGGCUGGGGGAGGCGGGGCAGCAGGUGACGGACGGCCUGAUCCGGGUGUGGAGGCGGGUGGUGGACCGCGUCUUCGGCCUCUACCGCGUCUCCUGCCAGGCCUACUUCACCUUCCUGAAGCUCAACGCGGGACAGGCCCCAGUGGACGAGAACGACCCCAAACUGCUGCUGUCCUGCCACGGCGGCAAGCAGAGCAACGACGACACCAUCGUCAUGGCGACGCUGCGGCUCCUCCGUCUGCUGGUGAAGCACGCCGGAGAGCUGCGGGAGGGGCUGGAGCUGGGCUUGGCCUCCACCCCCACGGCGCCGUGGAGGGGUAUCAUCCCGCAGCUCUUCUCCCGGCUCAACCACCCGGAGGCCUACAUCCGCCAGAGCAUCUGCAGCCUGCUGUGCCGCGUGGCCCAGGACUCCCCCCACCUCAUCCUGUACCCGGCCAUCGUGGGCUCCAUCUCCCUGGGGGGGGAGGCCCAGAACGCAGGAGGCAAACUGCCGUCGGCCCUGCCCUCCUUCCUGGGCAGCAUGCAGGGGGAGGAGCUGGGCGGGGAGGAGGAAGAGGAGGAGGAGGAGCGGCUGGAGGGCGGCGAGGAAGGCGGUCCGGACGAGCUGACCACCUGCUCCAGUCAGGACCAGGCCAUGAUGCAGGACUGCUACAGCAAGAUCGUGGACAAGCUGUCCGGCGCCAACCCCACCAUGGUGCUGCAGGUGCAGCAGCUGGUGGGCGAGCUGCGCCGCGUGACGCUGCUGUGGGACGAGCUGUGGCUGGGCGUCCUGCAGCAGCAGCACAUGCACGUCCUGCGCCGCAUCCAGCAGCUGGAGGACGAGGUGAAGAGGGUGCAGAACAACAACACGCUGCGCAGGGACGAGAAGAUCGCCAUCAUGCGUGAGAAGCACUCGGCCCUGAUGCGCCCGGUGGUCUUCGCCCUGGAUCACGUGUGCAGCAUCACGGCGGCGGCGGCGGAGACGCCUCACGAGACGUGGUUCCAGCAGACGUACGGCGACGCCAUCACGGCGGCCCUGGAGCGCCUGCGGAGCCCCAACAACCCGGCCAACCCCGCCAGCAGCUGGCUGCCCUUCAAACAGAUCAUGAUGAGCCUGCAGCAGCGCGCCCAGAAGAGAGCCAGCUACCUGCUGCACCUGGACGAGAUCAGCCCCCGCCUGGCCUCCAUGACCACCACCGAGAUGGCCCUGCCCGGCGAGGCGUCGGCCUGCGACGCCGUCACCAUCCAGAGCGUGGGCAACACCAUCACCAUCCUGCCCACCAAGACCAAACCCAAGAAGCUCUUCUUCCUGGGCUCCGACGGACACAACUACCCCUAUCUGUUCAAAGGCCUGGAGGAUUUACAUCUGGACGAGCGCAUCAUGCAGUUCCUCUCCAUCGUCAACACCAUGUUCACCAAGGUCAACCAGCAGGAGCAGCCGCACUUCCACGCCCGCCACUACUCCGUCACGCCGCUGGGCACCCGGUCCGGGCUCAUCCAGUGGGUGGACGGAGCCACGCCCCUCUUCGGCCUGUACAAGCGCUGGCAGCAGAGGGAGGCGGUGCAGCAGGCUCAGAAGGCCCAGGACUCGUUCGCGCAGCAGCCCGUCCCGCCGGUGCCGCGGCCCAGCGAGCUCUACUACAGCCGCAUCGGGCCGGCCCUGAAGGCCGUGGGCCUGAGUCUGGACGUGACGCGGCGCGACUGGCCGCUGAGCGUCAUGAAGGAGGUGCUGAAGGAGCUGAUGGAGGCCACGCCCUCCAACCUGCUGGCCAAAGAGCUGUGGUGCUCCUGCACCACGCCCAGCGAGUGGUGGAGGGUCACUCAGUCGUACGCUCGCUCCACCGCCGUCAUGUCCAUGGUGGGCUACAUCAUCGGCCUGGGCGACCGCCACCUGGACAACGUGCUGAUCGACAUGACCACCGGCGAGGUCGUCCACAUCGACUACAACGUGUGCUUCGAGAAAGGAAAAAGCCUGCGAGUGCCAGAAAAAGUCCCGUUCAGGAUGACCCACAACAUCGAGACGGCCCUGGGGGUCACCGGGGUGGAGGGCAUCUUCCGGCUGUCCUGUGAGCAGGUGAUCCAGAUCAUGCGUCGGGGCAGGGAGACCCUGCUGACCCUGCUGGAGGCCUUCGUCUACGACCCCCUGGUGGACUGGACCGCCGGGGGGGAGGUGGGCUUCGCCGGAGCGGUGUACGGAGGAGGGGGCCAGCAGGCGGACAGCAAGAAGAGCAAGAGGGAGAUGGAGAGGGACAUCACGCGCUCGCUCUUCUCCUCCAGGGUGGCGGAGAUCAAGGUGAACUGGUUCAAGAACCGCGACGAGAUGCUGGUGGUGCUCCCGCAGGUGGAGGAGGCGGUGGAGGAGUACCUGAUGCUGCAGGAGCUGCUGUGCCAGGGGGAGAAGCUGCAGGAGAAGCUGCGCGAGGAGGCGGCCUUCCUGGAGGGGGCCGACAGCCACCCGGACCACCUGAUCUUCACCCUGGAGCAGAGGUACUCGGAACACACCCAGCUGCAGUCCCGGCAGCGCACCGUGCAGGACGCCAUCCAGAGCAAGCUGGCCGACCUGGACCAGUGGAUCUCCCAGUACCAGGCGGCGUUCUCCAGCCUGGAGGCCACGCAGCUGGGCGGCCUGCUGCAGGACAUCAGCAGCCCCAUCGACCUGGGCCCCCCCAGCUACGUGCCGGCCACCGCCUUCCUGCAGAACGCCGGCCAGGCGCACCUGAUCGGGCAGUGCGAGAGCCUGGAGGCGGAGGUGAGCGCCCUGCUGCAGCAGCGGCGCGCCACGCUGCGCGGCUGCCUGGAGCAGCUGCACAGCUACGCCACGGUGGCCCUGCUGUACCCGCGCUCCACCCUGCUGCUCCACCGGGCCCACCAGUGGAAGAGCUGGCUGGAGGAGCUGCUGAGGGACAUGACGGUGGAGCACUGCCAGCUCAUCUACAGACAAUACGAGCUCCUCUUCGCCCCCCAGCCUCCCGCCUCCACCUGUCGCUUCCUGUCCAACGUGGAGCUGACGCUGCAGCACCAAGUGGCCGAGACCAACGAGCGGGUGCUGCACCAAGCGGAGCGUCUGAAGGCCGAGGGGACGACGGCGGCGGCCUGCGAGGAGCAGCUGCAGGAGAUCGAACACUGCAUCACCGGGUUCCUGAGGGAGAACGCAGACCCGGGGUCCCACAGCCUGGCCGCCGUCAUCACCUCCGCCCUCUGCACACUCUGCAGGAGGAACCUGGUGAUGGAGGGAGCAGCAGCCAGCGCCGGGGAGCAGCUGGUGGACCUGACGUCUCGGGAUGGAGCCUGGUUCCUGGAGGAGCUGUGCAGCAUGAUGGGGAACGUCAGCGCCCUGACCACGCUGCUGCAGCGCUGCACGCUGCUGCCUCACGACCUGGACCUGCCCGCGCCCGCCGCCACCUCGCAGGCCGUCUACCUGGCCAACGCCGUCUACACCUGCUUACAGGAGCUGAACACGAACUUCCGUCAGAUCAUCUUCCCCGAGGCGCUGCGCUGCAUGGUGAAGGGGGAGCCCACGCUGGAGUCCAUGCUGGCCGAGCUGGAGCAGCUGGUGGAGCAGAGCUCGGACGGCCUGGGCCUGCAGGGUCUGGCCGACAGCCUGCAGUCCGCCACGGGCCUGGACCAGGACGGACACAGCCACUGCCUGCACAUCACCAGAAUGCUGCGGGUCCAGUACUCAGAGCUGAUCCAGCCCCGCAGCGUGGACGGGCCGGUCCAGGACACCCCCAAGAUGUCGGCGGGGCAGAUGCUGCUGGUGGCCUUCGACGGGAUGUUCACUCAGCUGGAGACGGCCUUCGGACAGCUGACGGAGAAGCUCAGCUCUCUGGAGGUUCCGCCGCCCUGGAGGAAGGUGGACGUGCUGCGGGAGGCUCGGGCCACGCAGCUCCACUUCUUCGACAGCCCGAGCCAGCGGCAGCUGAUGGAGGAGGUGUUCUUCCUGAAGAGGCUGCAGACCAUCCGGGACUUCUUCAGGCUGUGCUCGUCCUUCGCUCAGAGUCUGUCAGGUGCUUGUCCCGCAGCCGACGAUCUGCUGCCGACCAACGGGCCGGUGGCGUUAGGAAAGCCGCUGUACCGCCGGCCCAGCGCCGCCGGCUCCGGCAGCGCCGUGGUCAGCGAGGAGCAGAUGACCCGGCCCAUCAAGGCCUUCACGGCCGAGUUCGUCCGGCAGAUGCUGAUGGGCCUGCCCAGCCAGGCCCUGGGCCUGGCCCUCUGCGGCACCCUGUCGGCCCUCGGCCUGGACAUCGUGGUCCAGGUGGAGGCCAAAGACUUCGGAGCCGAGUGCAAGGUCUCCCUGGACGAGCUGUGUAAGAAGGCGGUGGACCAGAGCCUGUCCUCGGGCCGGGUCUCCCAGCUGCUCCUGAACCGAGCCACGGUUCUGGCCUCGUCCUACGACACGGCCUGGAAGAAGGUGGACCUGCUGCGGCGGCUGGACGUGGGCCUGGAGGCGGCCAAGGCCAGUCUGCAGAGGAGCCAGCUGCACGUGGCCAUGUUCCAGUGGCAGCACGAGGACGUCCUGGGUCCGACCAACCAGCCCCUCAGUGUGAGCGUUCCGCCCCGCUCGGUGAUCCUCAGCAACAUGAAGAAGAAGCUGUACAAGCUGAGUCAGGACGAGGGCGCCAUCGUGGCCGUUCAGGAGAAGCUGGCCGCUCUGGAGAGCAGCAUCGAGCAGCGUCUGAAGUGGGCGGGCGGCGCCAACCCGGCGCUGGCGCCCGUGCUGCAGGACUUCGAGAUGACCAUCAGGGAGAGGCGAGGCAUGGUGGCGCGGGACAGCCAGCGCAGCAGCCAGGUCUCCUUCCUGUGCUCCACCAUCCUGAACUUCGAGGGUCUGCGGACCCGCUCCCCGGAGGCGCUCAGCAUGGACGCGGCGCUGUUUGAGCUGCUGAAGCGCAGCCAGCAGACGUGUUCGUACGCCGCGCAGUUCAGCAGCACGGUGUCGCCGCUGGAGCUGCAGCUGCUGCAGAGGCUGGGUCCGCUGCCCGACGCGCCCAUCGGCAGCCCCGACUGGCUGAGCGCCGCCCGCCGGCAGCUGGAGGACGAGCAGAGCGGCGAGCAGCGCCGGCAGGAGGAGCGGGAGCAGCAGCUGGAGGCCUGCGGCGACACGCUGCAGGUCCUGGUGGACUCCAUCAAGACCAUCCUGUCCAACCACAACCGACAGCUGGGGGACGUCAAGCACCUGCUGAGGGCCAUGGCCAAGGACGAGGAGGCGGCGCUGGCCGAUGGCGAAGAGGUGGCGUACGAGGGCAGCGUGCGGCACUUCCUGCUGGAGUACAAGGCGUGGCAGGACAACGUGCAGCUGGUGCUGUUCAGCGUGGUGCAGGCCAGCGGGCAGAGCCGGGGGCCGGAGCAGCUGGAGCUGCUGGAGGAGAUCCCAGCCACCCUGAAGGAGCUGCACAGCCAGAGCCAGAGUGUGUACAACGGGCUGGUGGGCUUCGCCUCCCCACUGGUGACGGAGCGGGACAGUGACUGCUCCAGUCCGGUGUGUGCGGCUCAGACCAGCUUCGCAGCAGCCGUCAGGUGCAGCGGGGUGAAGACUCAGCCGGAGUCCAUGUCUCAGAACGCUCGGAAGGCUCCGCCCCGCAACCUGGGGACCCCCACCGACACCCCGCCCAGCACCCUGCUGGUGAACAGCAAGGGUCUGAACCCCAGCCCCAAGAGGGCCGUACGGGACCCCAAGACCGGACGAGCGGUCCAGGAGAGGAACUCGUACGCCGUCAGCGUGUGGAAGAGAGUGAAGGCCAAGCUGGAGGGAAGAGACGUCGAUCCCAACCGGAGGAUGAGCGUCACGGAGCAGGUGGACUUCGUCAUCAAGGAGGCGACAAACCUGGACAACCUGUCGCAGCUGUACGAGGGCUGGACGGCCUGGGUGUGAACGCCGUGCCGCUUCCUGUCUUUGGUCCAGCGAAGGCCUGGAGAUCCACCACAGUCCAGCGGGUCUGGGGCGUCGGAACCAGCAGCGACCGGGGCCACACACCGGGGGGAGCCACUGGGAAGCCGGGGACGCUUCGUCCGCCCUCCCACGCUUCCGGUCACCCAGACCGGGGCAGCGAGCCCCUCCCCCCACAACACCCUCCGCUCAGAGGGGUCUGCAGACCCGCCCCCCUUUUCUCUGGGGCGUCGGAGCGGGAAAACAGGGGGAGGGGGGGCAGUGAGGGCCAACGCCUUCAUCUUGGAAAACCCUCCCCCCCGCCCCCACCGCUCACCUGCAUCGCUCACACCAGUCGUACCCAUUAACAUCCUGCGGUGACCUCCGACCUCCAGCAGAGGGCGGGGGAGGGCAGGAAGUGAGCCGCCUCCCCCGCUGUGGGCGGGACUUAAGCGGGGGCUCACAUGGACGGUUCGCACCGCCAAGUUUUUUUUUUUUUUUUCCUCGACUUUUCUUCUCUUGGGUUGAGUUUGUUGUCGUGACGGGCCAGCAGGGGGCGCCAGGCGGGGCUGUGGGCCCGGCUCUGGAGGCAGAACCCGGGCCAGCGAGGGGGCUUCUCUUCACACUGAUGGUCAGACAGAUGGUUGAAGACUUUUCUCCGUGUUGUGUUUGGUAAACUGUCGUACGUACGUAGAAGACCUUUUUUCCUAGCUUUGCCUGUUUCUCGCCUCUUUGCGUGUCCGCUCCUCGACCCUGAAACGCUCGCUUUUUAUCGAUCUCCACCUUCUAGUUUUACCUUUUUAUUGGGAGAAAUUCUGUUGAGGUGACGGUGGAAUCUGUUAACUCUUAAAGCUUUUAUUGGAUUUUGUGGGAUGCCAAAUAAAGAUGGAGCCGAAAC